AUGCUCUCAAACCCGCCAUUGAAACCCUCCGCUCCUUCAGCCUCACUUCUUCGGUUUCUGCGCGCCCAGUCGGCCUUGCCCACAAGGAACCUGCCAUCGGCAUGCCGUCAUGCUUCGCCCAAGCCCCCGACUCGAUCAUCUAGUUCAGUGUCGCCGAAGGGACAUUCGCGGGUGUCGCUUGAUGUGUUGUCAGUCCAGACACGGCUCGUCUCGAACGUGAGUCCUGCGACAGGACGCCGCAUCGCUGCACGACGGUUUGCUUCACCGGCCACCUCGAAAGACUUUCCUUCACUGUCUCGAUUACCACCCUCCCGGGCGUUCUCUUCUACAAGGAGCUGCCUUCUCUUGCGAAGCCUCUGGGGAUCUAGGAAGAACGCGCCGGCUGCAGAGAACCGUGUCGGGCCUACGCUGCUUGACGAUGGAACAGAAGGGAACUUAAGCCUCGCGCGGGCUCUUGCGGCAAAAGCUUCCAACGAACUGCGACUUCGAUGUACAGAGUUUGAUCUGAACGGGAAUGUGACACUGAUGAACGGGGAUUUCAAGAAGAGCGAGCUGAUCGCAAAGUACGGCCUUCUUCCUCGGGACCUCAGAAAAAUCGAUUCCUCCACGUUGCCUCAUAUUUUCGUGCGACCGAGUACUAUCCUAAUAAACCUUCUCCAUCUCCGCGUACUCAUCAAAGCUGACCGCGUCUUGGUCUUUGAUGCGUAUGGGUCGACCGACUCCUACAUGCAGUCGUUGUUCGUGUAUGACUUGGAAGGGAAAUUACGACAGAAACAGACACAGGGUGCGGGUGCUCUGCCUUAUGAAUUUAGAGCUCUGGAAGCGGUGCUUAUUAGCGUCACCACUGGCUUAGAAGAGGAAUUCAACGGCGUCCGGGAACCGGUUGUACGAGUCCUACGGGCUCUGGAAGAGGAUAUUGACAGGGAUAAACUCCGACAUCUGCUUAUUUAUUCGAAGAAGCUGGGAACGUUUGAGCAGAAGGCACGGCUUGUUCGUGAUGCUAUCGACGAUCUGCUGGAGGCGGACGACGACCUCGCCUCCAUGUAUCUGUCGGAGAGAUCAAAGGGUGUUCAUCGAGAGGAACAGGAUCAUCAGGAAGUCGAGAUGCUCCUCGAGUCGUAUCAUAAAGUAUGUGACGAAAUCGUGCAAGCCAGCGGCAAUCUUGUGACCAGUAUCCGCAACACGGAAGAAGUAGUAAAAGCCAUCCUCGAUGCGAACCGCAACUCCCUCAUGCUUCUUGACCUAAAAGUCAGCAUUGGCACCCUCGGCCUCGCAACAGGAACACUCUUCUCCGCUCUGUACGGCAUGAACCUGAAAAACUUCAUUGAAGAAUCCGACCUCGGCUUCGGCGCCGUCUCCAUAACCUGCUUCGCCAUCUCCGCCCUCGUCUGCGUUUACGGCCUCGCAAAGCUACGUAAGCUGCAACGCGUCCGCAUGUGGGGUGAGGCCGGCGCCGGCGGCGGCCCCAUGAUCCCCCUCCACAACGCGCUCCCAGCCCACCGGGCAAACUGGCGCGCUGACUCCAUCGAGCCUGUUUGGGGCGGUCUUCCCGGCGAGGGGAGAGCGGAACGUAUGAAGCGGCUUAAGGAUAGCGCCACGGCGGCGGCGGCGGCCCGGUCUGCUGCGUCUGAAGCGGCGAAGAAUCGAGCGGCGUCUUUGAAACGUGCGCUCGGCGGGUCUGCGUCGAAGGCACGCGAUGCCACGCCUAAAGGCGCAGACUCCGCUUCGCGGCCGGAGUCUGAUGUCUCAAGUGGGGGUUCUGCAUGA